AUGCAGCUAAGAAAAAUCCCUUGCAGAGCAGUGAAUCGUGCCAAUGCACCACCUUCAGAUGUUCUAACUAUUAACUAUGAUGGAUCUUAUCAAGAUCUUAAUAAAUCAGGUGGUAUUGGUCUAAUAAUUCAAACUUUUGUAGGUAUCCAUCAAGCCGCAAGAUGCAUCCACUUGAAAGACAUUAGAAAUGCUGAGCAAGCUGAAUGCAUGUGGUUGUGGGAAGUUGUCAAUUGCGCAAAGACUCCAAGGAUUGAGAAGGUGUAUUUUGAGCUUGAUGCAAAGGUGGUAGUGGACGCAGUUAACAACACUAAUUCUUCCAUCGACUGGAGAUUACACAAUAUUAUUAAAGAUAUUAAAUUGCUUCUUAAAUCUUUCACGUCUUGGAAAUGUUCAUAUAUUCCUAAAGAGGGUAAUAAAGUAGUUGACAUCCUCUCAAAACUAGCUAGAGUGGAUAGUUAG